AUGGCGGACGUGGCGGGCCCCUCCCGCCCGGGCGCCGCGGCGUUCUGGAGCCGGGACUUUUCUGAUGAAGAACAAUCAGUAGUGUAUGUUCCAGGAAUUUCUAAAGAAGGAAAUAUCAGAUCAAGACACAAGUUGAUGAGUCCAAAAGCUAAUGUUAAACUUAAGACUUCCAGGGUGACUGCUCCUUCAUUCUCCAUGGAGUCUUUAAAAGGUGCAGGAGAUUCCAUAAAUGAACAGAAUUUCUGCAAGGGACAAAUAAAGAGUGCAUCGUUGAAGGAUUUAUGUCUUGAAGACAAAAGACGCAUUGCAAACUUAAUUAAAGAACUGGCCAGAGUAAGUGAGGAAAAGGAAGUGACAGAAGAACGACUCAAGGCUGAGCAGGAAUCUUUUGAGAAGAAGAUCAAGCAGUUGGAAGAACAGAAUGAACUGAUCAUCAAAGAAAGGGAAGUUGACUGCAUUCCUGCAUCAUUGUAUUACUGUCUGCUAGCAGCUGAUUUGCUGGCUCCCAUAUCGGCAAACUAUUGGCUAAUAUCUCAUCAUUGCUGGUAUUGGUCCCCUGAAGAGGCAGGGACUCCAGACAAGGCUCAGCUACAGUAUAGAGAAUGCCAAGAACUUCUAAGCCUCUAUCAGAAAUAUCUAUCAGAACAGCAAGAGAAGCUCGCUAUGUCUGUCUCAGAACUAGAUGCUGCUAGAAUUCAGGAACAACAGGUAUUCAGUAGGAAAAACACUCUCCCAUCUUCGUCUAUGGAACUGGAUGGUUCCUACUUGAGUGUAGCCAAACCACAAACCUGCUAUCAAACCAGACAAAGGCCUACUAAGACUGCAAACCAGGACUUGGCUGCCAAAUCCCUUGCAGAGUUCAGGAAUAAUUCUUGGAAACCAUCAGCCCUUCAUAAUCCCAAAGAGGAUCUAGACAGGGUGCUUUUAGAGACUAGAACAUGUGAUUAUGGAUCCCCAGGGAACAAACCAGCAGUUACAGUCUCUACAGAGAAAGUUCCAUCAGAGGAAUUGAAGAUGAAGGAAUGCCAACACCUUAAACCUACUCCAUCUAGACUGUGUUGUGGUCGUAGACUUUCGGAAAAUGCAGAUCAUGUUCAUCCUACAGAAAUGGCCCCUCAGUAUUCCAAGGCACACCCAGAAUCGUGCCAUUAUUGUGGGCGUUUCUGGGCAUCUCUGAUGCAUGGCCAAGGGGUGCUGCAGCCCAGUGAAACUGACUUCAAAAAACUACUCUCAGAAGAUAGAAGGCAGCAACUUAUGCUUCAAAAAAUGGAGCUGGAAAUUGAAAAGGAGCGCCUUCAGCAUCUGCUGGCCCAGCAGGAGACAAAGCUUCUUCUAAAACAGCAGCAACUUCAUCAGUCUCGCCUAGACUUCAAUUGGUUAAGAACUCAAGCUGUAAGAUUUAAGAAAGAACUGGUUGCUGAUAAAGAGCUUACUAAACCCCGAGAGCUCAGCCUGGAUAUGAAUGGGAGUGACUCUGGACCAAGUUUGUUGAUGUCAGCAUGUGAUGGUUGGCUGCAUGGAACCUCAUCAUCCAUCAAAAAGAAGCAAGAGUCCACUAACAGUGGAGAGAAUAGAAGGGAGAAGAAGACAGUUGGGUUUCAGUCACCUAUAGAAGAUGAUGCCCUGUGGACAUGUGAAAAGAAAGAUACACAUCGACCCCAAAGAGGGACAAUGACAGGAAUUAGAAAAGAUGCAUCCACAUCUCCUAUGACAACAGAAAGCCAAAAGGAGCUUGUAAGCACAACCAUGUCAUCAUUCCAAAACGACACCUCCCGGUAUGAGACAUCUUUGUUGGAUUUGGUUCAAUCUCUGAGCCCAAAGUCUGCUUCUAAACCUCAGCCCCAUCCCUCCAGAGAAGCUGGGGUCUGGAACCACAGGACUUGCCGACUCAGUUCCCUAAAAUCAGCCCGGAAGAAGACAAGAGCAGGUGGGACCCCUGAAGACCUGGAGGAGGAUCAAAUUCUGGAAGAUAUAUUUUUCAUUUGA